AUGGGAGAAAUCACCAUGGACCGGAAGUCUGUCUCUCUGGCGUCUGCCUACAAACUGGUUUGCUACUUUACCAACUGGUCACGGGACAGGCAGGAACCAGGAAAGUUCACCUUUGAGAGCACUGACCCCUUCCUAUGUUCUCACCUCAUCUACUCAUUCGCCGGCAUCAGUAACAACAAGGUCAUCAUCAAGGACAAGAAUGAUGCGAUGCUUUACCAGACCAUCAGCAGUCUCAAAACCAAGAAUCCCAAACUGAAAAUUCUCUUGUCCGUUGGAGGGUAUCUGUUUGGUUCCAAAGGUUAUCGACCAAAAUAUGCUGUGGGAUACUGGAUAAACAAAGGAAUGCCUGUGGAGAAGGUGGUCAUGGGCAUUCCAAUGUAUGGACGUUCCUCUCCACUGACCUCUGCAGAAAACACCUUGGGGGACCCUGCCUCUGGUCCUGGAGCUGCUGGCCCCAUCACCAAGUUUUCAGGCUUCCUGGCUUAUUAUGAGAUCUGCCAGUUCCUGAAAGGAGCCAAGAUCACGAAGCUCCAGGAUCAUCAGGUUCCCUAUGCAGUCAAGGGAAACCAGUGGGUGAGCUAUGAUGAUGCGGAGAGAGUGGAAACCAAGGUUCAGUUCCUAAAGAAUCUAAACCUGAGAGGGGCCAUGAUCUGGUCCAUUGACAUGGAUGACUUUACCAGCAAAUCCUGCAGCCAGGGCUCCUACCCCCUCGUUCAAGCUGUCAAGAGAAGCCUUGGCUCCCUAGGAAGAUAA